UGACUCUUCUUUUGCCUAGAAACCCUGCCACGGUCCACUCUCAUACGCCGAGACUUGCGAAUUCAUCAGCAAAAACCAUUUACCCUUUUACCUGCAAAACCCACCUGCAAAAAACCACCCACAUCGUUUCUUCAACCCCUUCCCAACUUCAUCGACACCACAACACACAGCCAACUUUUACGACUCCCAAAAGUUCGACAAGAUGGGAAAAGUUCACGGAUCUCUCGCCCGUGCUGGCAAGGUCAAGUCUCAGACUCCUAAGGUCGAGAAGCAAGAGAAGCCCAAGACCCCCAAGGGCCGUGCUAAGAAGAGACUCACAUACACCCGACGAUUCGUCAAUGUCACUCUGACCGGUGGCAAGCGCAAGAUGAACCCCAACCCCGGCACAUAAGCUUGGCAAUAGCGCCCACCCCUUGAGAGCAGCCGUUGCCUUAUUCUAGAGGAUUUGGAAAUGUGAAUACACAUCUGAUUCGAUAUUGCUCUGAGCAUCCACCUCUACGGCAUCUGGCAGACAACAAAAACAGCCUGCUCAACCGCACUCAGAAUUGAAUGGGAGACGAAACGGUGGUUACGGAUGCAUAUGGGUUUGCAUCCUUCAUUAGGGAGUCAUACGGCAUCAUCGUUCUGGCUUGGUCAUUACUCGCAAGAGUCUCGUCUGUACUUAUGCAGCUAUUGCCCGAAAAGUGGCAAUAAUCAGAGAAUACCUAUUCCUCUGAACACUGUUGGCGCCGGUGAAAUUGAUGAUUGUUCGAUACGUGAAUCGUUGGCAUAUUCCGGAUUACAUAGACCACAUCCAGUCUGAUAUCCAUCAAUAUUCAUUGUAUUUUAGGCUCGUCGUUACCGUUAUCGCUUUGGGACAUACUAAUUUCAGCGUACAAGGACAUCCUCUCAACCAAUAAGCCAACACAUGGCACAUGCAUAUUUCCCAACUAUAACUCAACUAUUCCUCCUUCUAUCACUCGGUCUUUCUAUAUAAACGCUUGAAGAGCUCCUCCUAGAUGUUUUGCCGUGCUCUGCGAUCUACACGAGGUAUAACUCUCGGGGGCUCAAGAUAUCUCGAUUAAGAGGCAUCGACGAUAUAAAAUAUGUUCUUUUCGAAAGCACCAG